AUGCCUGGCGGCAUUGUCUGUGUUGUCGCCAACAUGGCGCCAACGGUUCCCGUCGACCUGCAGCUGGCAUGCCGGCGCGAGAUUGACCUCAUUGGGGUCUACAGAUACUGCAAUCUGUAUCCGCGAGCCCUGGCUCUUGUGGCAAGUGGCAAGAUUAACCUCAAGGCACUGAUCUCGAAGACAUACAUUCUCGAAGAGGCACAGUCUGCCUUUGAGCACUUUGCCUCUGGAGAGCCGAUCAAGGCGCUUGCAGCAAAAGGUGAUGAUGUUCAGCUAUUCAAGGCGUUUCAGGUGAUGCCAGGCAAGAGGAACGUGGGGCCGGGCACCUAUGAUCCACGCUUGCCACCUCCGAAGACCUGCACCUUUGGGGUUGGCGGUCCCGGGCAGUACGCCGUACGGCGGCUGGCCACAGAUGCAAUUCCAGAUCGGCCAACGCAGUCGCUCACAGCCAGCCGCAGCGCCUUUCGCUCCAGCACCUCGCGCUGCGACCCGGAGAACUUCAGAGAGCCGACCUUCGUGCCUGGCUCGAACUGGUUCGUGGCCUCCAGCAUUCUGGAUAAUCCUGGCCCCGGGCAGCCAGAUCUGCGGGAUCCCUUGGACCUGAGGCCCGACACAGGCGGUGUCUACGAGCGCAGCCGACCUGGGAAGCUGGAUUGGGGCGCGGACCGAGCAGUGCAGGCAAUGAAGGAGGGAAUUCGGCUACACACUCAGACGGAGCCUGCGAUCAAGCCGCUCCGUGGUCGAUCUGACUGGAACUUCACUGGCGAGCCUGGGGACACGCCGGACCCGUAUAGCAUGCAGAGCCUGGAGAUCGGCCGUGGCAAGCGUGAGGUCCACUUCGCCGCAGCCUCGGAGCGCAAGGCCACCUGGGGGAAUCCGCAUUUGAAGAACAAUCCGGGCCCUGGGACCUACGAGCACGAGCCGGUGAAGGUGGAUUUGCCACUGCGCCUUCCGGGAGGCCUUUCGGGGCACUGCCAAAAGAGCGGGCUCUUUUCCCCUCGGUAUUCCCUGAAACGCCACUUACUCGUAGCUGCUCAGUACACCCUGGGACCUUUCUUUGAGAAGUCUUCGAUAACCCCCAGAAAAUUGCCCGACAAUGCUAUUUCUACAGUUUCGAGAGGAUAG